AUGUUGUCGCCUGGUAGGGUUUGCUUUUCUCUAGCGUCUAUUGAUUUUUUUUAAAAACAUUUUUCAGACAUCAUCAGCCCUGCAAUUUGCAUCAUCGACGAGUGUCUUAACGCCGAAAUGUUCGUUAUCGAUGGAAUUUCAAGUGAGAUCGGAAAUAUUGUGGCGUUCGGAACUUUUGUGAAGAACUUGAAUUCCGAAGAGCCACCGGAAGAGCUAUUGGAAUUACGCACCAAGCUUGAAAGGGUAAUUUCAUGAAGGAAAUGUUUAUAUGUAACACAUUAUAGCUCGAGAAACAUAUGGAAUCCCAUUUCGCGGACCUCAAUUGUUAUAUGGAUAAUCUUGAGUUUUAUAAAGUAAGUAUCUUGCUGCUUUCAUCCUAAUCACCUUUAUUGCAACAUUUGUCUUUUUAGGAUGCAACAAAGUACACUGGCGAUAUGAUGAAUUUGUUGAUUUCGAGUAUAGGAGGCGGAGAUGAUAAUCGGAUGGCACUCAAGAGAAAGUACAGUGAACGGCCGCCAUUGAAUAGUGCUAUUGUGAGUUUUUAGUGAGAAUAUAUGUGAAAACGUGAAUUUCAUUUCAGGAUUUCCUAACAAUUUUGACACUAAACGAUCAGAUGAACCCGAUGACUAAGGCCGAAAACCGGAAGACUUUGAGAAAUGGAAAAAUGUUUUGA